CACUCAUCAGAUCUACAUCUUUUGUUUCCAUUGCUUUCUCUUUCCAAAUUUUUAAUGUACUAAAGCAGAGAAAACAUGAAUAAUCCGGGAUCAGCUAGUCAUUCAGUUUCUCCAGCAACUCCAGAUCUAUUAGACAACUAUCGUCAAUCAAGCUGUGGCGAAUUUUCGCGGUUAGAUAAACGAAUUGGACCGAGGAAGAUGACGUUUCACUCCAAGUCUAUGCCUAGAGGUUCCAUGUUUCUUGACCAAGAAGCUUGUAGGAGCUCUCACGACAAGAGGUAUGACCUAUUCAGGACCAUGUCAGGAAAGCUGGAACGUCAGAUAUCGAAUUUACGUGGAAAACCAAUUGAUAGUUCGUUGCAGGAAGAUGAAGAGAUCACUGAAUCUCUAACCGCUGAUAGAUUCUUCGACGCUCUUCAAGGCCCUGAACUUGAAACCCUCAAGGAGAAGGAAAAGAUAGUUUUGCCAGAGGACAAAACGUGGCCGUUUCUUCUACGCUUUCCAAUAACAUCGUACGGGAUGUGUCUUGGAGUAAGCAGUCAAGCCAUCAUGUGGAAGACCUUAGCAACCACAAAAGCCGAGAAGUUCUUGCACUUGACGCAAGUGAUCAACCACGUGCUUUGGUGGAUCUCUCUCGUCCUCCUCCUCGCCGUCUCCUUUACUUACCUCUUCAAAACCAUCUUCUUCUUCCAAGCGGUUCGCAGAGAGUUCAAGCAUCCUAUACGAGUCAACUUCUUCUUCGCUCCUCUCAUAUCAGUCCUCUUCAUGGCACUUGGAAUCCCACAUUCCAUAACCUCGAAUCUUCCCUCUAUCCUUUGGUACUUCCUGGUGGCUCCGGUCUUGUUUCUUGAAAUUAAGAUUUACGGACAGUGGAUGUCUGGUGGACAAAGACGCCUCUCCAAAGUUGCUAACCCUACAAAUCACCUUGCCAUCGUAGGAAACUUCGCCGCAGCACUUCUUGGAGCAUCAAUGGGGUUGGAAGAAGGACCAAUGUUCUUUUUUGCUAUAGGGUUAGCUUAUUAUUUGGUAUUGUUUGUGACUCUUUAUCAGAGACUUCCCACAAACGAAACAUUACCUAAAGAGCUUCACCCUGUGUUUUUCCUAUUUAUGGCUGCACCGGCCGUAGCUUCCAUGGCUUGGACCCAGCUUUAUGGCUCUUUCGAUCUUGGUUCUCGCCUUGCUUACUUCAUCUCCUUGUUCUUGUACUUGUCUCUGGUUGUUAGGAUCAACUUUUUCCGUGGAUUCAAAUUCUCGCUAGCAUGGUGGGCUUACACCUUUCCUACGACGGCGGUGGCAACUACGUCGAUAAAAUACUCAGGCGAAGUCACCGGUUUAGCAACUCAAGUCUUGGCGAUCGUGAUGUCUGGAGCAGCAACUAUGAUGGUGAUAGGUGUCCUUGUAUUGACGGUGGUGCACGCUUUUGUGAAAUGUGAUCUAUUCCCCAACGACGUUGCCAUUGCCAUAAGUGCAGAGCAGCCGAAGCAAAAGAAAUGGUUCAAACAACUGAAGAGUGGAAGUUUUGGAAAUAGUAUGAGAUGUCUCAAGGUUUCGGACCAGGAAGAUAGUCAAAUUGAUGUGGAAGCCCCUCCUUUAUUAAAUGCACACACGGUUUAG